CACCACUAGUUGGAAGUUGUGACUAGUUUCCCCCGAAAUCUGCUGCUACCCAACCCCCAUACUAUAGCGCAGCCUUUUCUUCUUCCAUCUGAAGUCAGAAGAGUUGGUUGCUUCCCUGAAGCGAUGGAUGUGUGUUGAUCAAUUUCUGUAUUUUGAGUCACUCACUGUGCCUCGACAAACGGACGGACUCUUUAAUGCAUGUGAUUCACUAUGCCUCCUCGCAAGAAGGAGUACGAGAUUAAACGAGCGAGCGGAUCCCUGAUCCACUUCAGACCGCCCGUGAGCGCGACCACCGUGCGAAGACACUCUGCUGUCGUGCCUUCGGUGCUGACGUUCGCCGUGAUCGUGGCAUCCGGAGGCCUGUUGCUCAUGAUAGAGAAAGGAAUGCUGAACAGCGUGCAGACUCCGCCGCCACGAGCCAACGGGAAGAAAGUGGAGUACCGAAUGAGGAGUAGCGACGCAGCUGUGGACGUGGAGUCUCAGAUUGUACAGGAGAUCCGUAAUCGCACCAUAAGAUCAAUGUGCGGUCAGAAGAACACGGCUCACAGUGUGUGGUCUCUCAGUCCGCUGCAGAGGAAGACUCUCCUUCAGCACAUACUAGUGAAUGACGAGCAUCACUUCCUGUACUGCUACGUCCCCAAAGUGGCCUGUUCCAAUUGGAAACGAGUGCUGAAAGUACUGAGUGGCGCUCUAGCCAACGUGGACGUCAAAGUGAAGAUGGAUCAUCGUGCUGAUUUACUCUUCCUGUCUGACCUUUCGCCAGAAGAGAUUCGUCAUCGAUUACGCCAUUAUUUUAAAUUCAUGUUUGUGCGGGAGCCGAUGGCCCGCUUGCUUUCUGCAUAUCGGAACAAGUUUGGCGAAAUCGAGGCGUAUCAGCGUAAAUACGGUGCAGAGAUUAUACGGCGCUAUAGAAAAGGCUACGCGAAGGAUAAAAAAAUAGCAGGAAAUGACGUGACAUUCACAGAGUUUGUACGUUAUUUACUUGAUGAAGACCCGGAGAGGAUGAAUGAACACUGGAUGCCCAUCUACAACCUAUGCCAACCCUGUGCCAUAGAAUAUGACUUCAUUGGCUCGUACGAAAGGCUGGAGAGCGAUGCGGCUUACGUUCUGGAACGUGUUGGAGCACCGCAGCACAUAGGUUUUCCUGAACGACAGACGUGGUACAAACCAGUCACCAAAGAAACGCUACAUUAUUACCUUUGCACUGUGCCACAGAAGUUCCUCAAAGAUCUUCUGCCCAAAUAUAUUCUGGACUUUUCUCUGUUCGGUUAUCCUUUACCCAACACAACCACUGAAUAUUGUAGGCAUUAACAAAGACAUUGGUUUAUACCUGCUUUAUAAGACUGUAAUCUUUCAAUAUGUUAAGAUUUUAAAUCUUUUUUUUUUUUUUUACCUGUACAGAAUUUAAUAAAUAUUUGAAUAUAAAACCCUCAGUAGUUUUUGAGAGGUAUUUAAGUUCAAACCACUAUUUAAAACUGGAAAAGCUAAUUUUUUAUAAUGAGAUGCAGUAUUAUGUCCAUAUGGGCAUAAAAUGAAAAACAUUGUGCUGUGCGCAAGACUAUUAUGUGUUUUAUAUCAGUAAGCAGAUGCUUCCAUCAUUUUAUUUUCCUUCAUUUACUUUAAUAAUCAUAGUUAAUUCUGCUGUCACCCCCAUUGUUUUCUUUGUUGAUUUGUUUAAUCCUUUUACACAAAUGAAACGUGAUGCUCGAAUUGAGAAAAUUUGUUAGAAAAUUUCUUGAGGCAAUUCCUGUUUGUAUGUAAUGAACCGUUCCGCAGUGUUAUUUCAUACGACCAAAACAAAUAUUUUUGACCACAAACUUGAACCCUUCCCAUCUGCUGCUUCCUCUGAAAAGAUGAGGCUCUGAGUUGAAUCCCUAAAGAGGUUCUAAAGAAUGCAGUUUCACAUCCAAAAGCAGAAGUACUGUACAAUGAGGAAAUAAAAAAUCUUAGAAAUCCA